AUGUCGUCCUCAACAUCUUCGCGCGGCGGGCAUCGUGGCAGUCUCAGCAGAACACUUUCAACAUCACUUGUAGUGCUGACACCAGUCUACUUCGUGACCACAGCCAAGGCUGCCAGUUCUACUCCUCCUACUUCAGACUACUUCGUGACCACAGCCAAGGCUGCCAGUACUUCAGACUACUUCGUGACCACAGCCAAGGCUGCCAGUUCUACUCUUCCUGGAUCAGAGGUAGAGGUUGUCAAAAACCUCGUUAGGCCUGACGUAGGAGUAGACCUUAUCGGACGAGGACCAGCCAUCCCACCGGAUGACCCAGAUCCGCCAGAUCAGUCACGUAGUAGUGCUGCGAGUAGUACAAGAACAUCAGUACUAUUGAAGGGGGGUCCAGACGAGGAGAAUGUUGAGGUUCCUUUUCAUGAUGCACGAAGACUCGUUUAAGGGUAGGCGUUUGGCGUUUCUGGUACCGUUUGUCUUUGACUCUUCUAAGGGGAAAGAGCAUAGCAAACGGGUAACAAAAACGCAAGAGCUUACCUCUAACUCUAGUCUUCAUCCUCGGAGGAGAGCGAAGCAUUAGCCCCACCGAGUGGAACAUCAAGUGCGAGAGCGAGAGGAAUAACUAGUGGCCAUGGAGGUCAUCGUGACAACGAUAAGUCACAACAUGAUCCAGUAGUAGAUGAGCAUGAACAGCUCCAGCACCUGGUCCCACAGAAUCCGAACACCGACUUAGUUCCGACUGGUGCCUCAUCGAAUCAGAACAGCAACAACCUCGUUCUUGCUGCUGCUGGUGCCACACUAGAACCUUCUGUCCAGUCCCUCCUCGAUCCAGUGAAUGAUCAAAAGCAGAUCCUAAUGCGGGAAGAAGCACGACAAUUGCAGUCAGGGAAUGCUUCCAAUACCACGCAAACAGCGACCACGACUUUGGUUGUGACGACAACGACGACGACGACCACAACAACUACCACGACGGAGGUGGUGACGCUAGCGCCACCAUGGGAACCACCAGUCGACUACUGGGGGGGGACAUAUGAUACGAGUACUCCUUACAUUGUCUUGUUUUUAAUGAUUGAGCAAGUUGGACUUGGUUCUACGAUUAGCGUAUUCGAUAUCGUAGAAUACAGGUUCUUUUGAAUAUAUAGGAACACGUUCACAAAUAUCACACCGAACAUCUAGUAUCUUCUGAUGCUCGUGGUUCAUCUUCAUACUACUUACUACCUUCACACCGAAGAUUUAGUGGCUGUUGUCCGUGGUUCAUCUAAGUUCUUCAUCUAUCUCAAGAACAAUCUAUAAUUAUCACUCUAUCUUCUCAACAAUCUAUCACUCUUACAGCCAUGGCCCCUGUCGGUGGCGGCUCGAAUGUUGUCACAACGACCACUACUAUACCACCAGCAGUGGUCGACUACACUCCUGAGGACUUCGUCACCAAGGCGCCUCCAGCCCCCUUGCCCGACAAACCGACCACAACAGCGGCACCUUUAACGACAGAAACGACAACAACAACGAGAGGGGGACCGACACAAGUGGCACGUAUUGACAUUCUUGACCUCGAUCGUCAUCACUGAAGAUUAGAAAAUAUAGAUAAGUAGUAAGAGCAGUUUCAUCUGGGAAAAUGAAUGAUGAUCGAUAUUAAUCAACCUAGCUGAGUCGGACGUUGUAUCUUCAUAUUUUCAUUUUCCAAUUCCGAGACGUGGUUUACUUCAGUUGCCACCAACGCCACAACGCAAACGGACGACUUUAGUUUGAAGCAGGACUUUGCCUGUGAGGCUAGUUUGAGGAUACCCGCCGCACCCACUACGGACCAGGCGAUUGCGAUCUAUAUGUCAGAUCCUGCCUUCGUCAAGGCCUAUGAGCAGGGAGCUUGCUCUGCUUUGCGGUCAAAUGCGGGACAGAUAUCGCUCGACUGCACCAAAGUCAAACUGAAGAGCAUGGGUACACUUCGACCUCUGAAUACUGUUACUGAUGUUUUCUUGUAUCACAUUCUUGACGUAGUUGAGCUUGGACUUUGCAUGAUUUGAAGUUGUUCAAACAACAAAAGCAACAUCUAGUAGUUGUAAGAAGUCACUAAGGACCUGCACCUUCUGCGCUACGACUAAGUUGGUAGUACGUAGCUUUGUAUCGUUGUACCCACAAGCACAAGAAAACACUAACACAGUUCUUAAGCUUCUGAUAGUGAUCCCUACCUUGUUACAUAGUCUAUGUAACAAGGUAGGUAUGAUCUUGUACAGCGUACUACAUAGUCUUGUACAUCCAACGCAAGGACAUAGUAUCAUAGUACAUCAUUAAUACACUUACAAAAUUAUAGAGUUCGUUCUCGUCAAGAUCGCAGGUAGCCCAUUUAAUUUAUUACAGUUGAGAUCGUCCCCACGACGCAAUUUGUCGAGACUUUUGGGGGGAGCCGGACUCUAGUCGAAACAGGAAAGGCAUCUUCUACAACUCCAUAUGGAUUUGGACAUCCGUCCUCAAGAACAUCUUCUAGUGGUGCUACUACUACAUCGAGAACAUCUCCGUCGAGCAGUGGUUUCAUCACGAUCAUCUACGACCCUAAGAACCCUUUUCUGCCUCUACCGCCUUUCGUGGAUCCAGAGGCGUUUGAGCGUGAAUACAUCUCAGUCGUGGAGGAGCCUUUGAUGAGCGAAGAAGACCUAGACAUGGCAGAGAGCAUGGUUGUACUAGGACAGCACGAGCACCACAGAGGAAUGGCACCAGGGCACGACGAAGGAAAGGCAAGUAGGAGGAUCGGAAACGAAAGGCGAAAACUUGAUGGAAAUGUUCCUACUAGAAGAAGUAACACGGGUAGUACCAUGGCAAGUCGAUCUACGGCAUACUUGUCUGACGAGGACAUAGACAUGAGAAGUAGAGAAAGAGAAACAUCCUCUAGUAGUGCAACUUCAUCUGCUGGAAGAAUAUCUGCCUCUAAAAAUGCACAAGCCCGCGAGAACAACGAUCAAACAAACAGCCAAGCAUCUAGUGUUAGCAUGUUCAGGAGAACAACCGUUGCUGGCACUUCAUCUUCAGCUGGUACUUCUCUACCUUCUGCCCGGACAAGAGAGCUGGUCGACGAGAACAAAGCACAUGUUGCUGCUUCUGACUCUACCUCUGACUCUACCUCACCUAGUGCUAGUGAAGGUUUAGUCUCAAGAUCUGCAGUUGCUGCAAAAAGUGCAAUGAACCAGAUUGUCAUAGAGACACAACGCCUACUGUUUGGACAUGAAGAUGGAAUAAAAAUUGCGCAGUAUCAACAUCCGCACCCUUCGUCUUCAGCUACGUCAGGACAAAAUCUUGCGCAGUUGUAUCAACAUUCGCACCCUUCGCCUUCAGCUACGUCAAGAAGAAGUCAAGACGUUGAACAGGCGUCAGCCUUCUCUUCUAUCCAGAGGGCCAAGGAGCACCGUACGGAUCACGAUAGGAGUCUGACGACUGCAGGAAGUGUCGCUAGUUCUGUGGCUAGAAAAACAGUGGAAUUGAGUCUCAAUUACGAGGUCGCAGUCGCGUCUGUUGGGGAAGCAGCGUACUUGGCUUCUUUGGAUUCUGUGAAGAUGAUGUUUUUUUGACGUUGGAGCAAUCGAGUAGCUUUCUCAAGUACGUAGUUGAAUCAAAUGAAAACUCAAGCGAACAUGUUUCUCCCUCUCAACAUUUAAACAGAAACCUAAUCAAAUUGAAAGUGAGGAGAAAAUGUUCGUGUUCCUCCCUCAAAACAUAAACAGAAACCUCGUCUCCGAUCUGCGGCGUACUCCGUCGAGUGCGUUUGUGGCGAAACUGAAUUUGGCGCUGCAAGAAGCAGAGAUGAAUGGACUUCUAGCAGAGCAGACAACUGCUUUUUUCCCCGUUAUCACAGCGCUUGCGACACAAACUGGACAACUACUGGCGCUCAAUAUCACUACACCAGGACCUCCGAGGGUACUACCACUACUGAUUUGAUUUUUACUUAGUAGCUAAUGUUUUGAUGUUGGAAUGCGAACGGAUAGAUUUGAUUUAUUUGUAGACCGGAAAACGAAAAUGAAGAUAGUUGUGGUAGCAAAACUACGUGUUGUGGGUGCUGACCAUAUUCUUCCAUCUUGAUCUCGAUUUUCUCUUACACCUACUUCCACCUUCAUCCAGAUCAUCGUCAAAACGUCUGAUGCGCAGUCGGCGCACCCGUUGCUGCUAACGACGACGCUGCUCCUUCUGUUCUCGUCAGGUCUCUUUCUAUAUUAAAAAUCCCAUGUGUCCUUGUCUCAUCUUGGCGUUAUGAGGUUUAGGAGCAAAAGAAAUCUGACGACUACCUUGUUCUGCUCAGUAUCCUUAUUCAUUUGUUCUACCUUGCAUUUGUUCUACCUUGAAAUUGGCUGAAGUAUGUCUAAAAAUAUAUGGUUCCCCGACCAUACUAAGUAAUUAAAUAAUACCACCACCCCUGCAACUGCAUUACCCGCCCAUUAUACAACCCACGCUUCUCCUCCUCCUGCUAGAACGUCCCGGUUGAACUUGUCAAGAUUGCUUAAUUAAAGGUCUUUUCCCCUUCCCUAUGCAUCCAAGACCCUUUCCCCUUCCCUAUGCAUCCAAGACCAAGACAGAGCACCUGCAUGCUAUCUUCACUAUAUAGCAGAGCCAACAAAAUUUAGUUGUGUCGAAGUUCUUGAUCUUGCUCUUGGCAUGAUGUCCUAUUUGAUUUGACGAUGAAGGUGCUGCCAAGAAAGCAGGGUCUAGCUC